AUGGCUUCAGCUAAGUCUCACAAAGGCAUGAGUAAUGCUGAAUGGCUUGCGCGUCUGGAGAGUUUUGCCCAAACAGGAGUUUGGCCAUCUACGCAGGGGAAUAGACCUUCUCCCCGACAAAAAAGAUGGCAUGAGAUGUAUCAGAAGGUUCAUCCACACUCUGUCAGUGAUGUGUCAUGUCCUGCAAAGAGACCUAAACUGACAUUGUCAAUGUUUGAAAAGUCAAGGUUUGGAGGCUCACAUGUGGCAGCAGCAAAACCUAAUUUGAGCACCCAGAGGAAAACCUCUCAGAUGUUAGAGCACUCCAGUUCAGCUACAGUUUCAUGUCCACCCUCUGAUCCUCAUCCUCCUCCAUCCCCCAAACCUCAUCAGCCCGUCAUCCAGUCCUCCUCUUCCUUCUUCCUUCCUCCACCUCAGAGUUCACAACGCAUCAAAAAAACAGCAACGCCAUCAACUGUUUCUGAGAAUACUGUUGUGAGGAGCCCACAGGUCUCAUCUCAGCCAGAAGAUCUCCCCCUUCUGUGGCCACAGACAAUGCCACAGCAAGACCAGAAGUGGGUGUCAGAAGCACUUUUUAGGGUUGGUGCAAAGGGAAAGCUGGAGCUGCGUGAAAACCUACAGUUGUGGUAUCACCCCCCACCACCAGCCCUGUUGUACCACCAAGCUCCAACACCUGAUAGGUUUUUUUUACAGCGUCUCUUGCUCUGGAUGCCAUAUAAGCUGUGGAAGGUGCGGCUCCAGUGUACUAACCCUGCCUGUGCCAGGCAACAGCUGUGUGGUGGUGGACUGCACAGGAGGGUACGACAGGUGUUAGACAUUGACAGAUACUACAACCUGGUGACAGAGACCCUGAUCUGCACCAGGUGUAGAACCAGCUAUCUGUCCUGGAGUCAUGCUGUGCUGCAGCAGUUGGACCUGGCCCAUCGAUCUGAAUUCAGGGUCAUCCUCACACGCAAGUAAUUAUUUUGCAGUCAUUUUCACUUAUGUG